AUGAUUGAAAAUAAGAGGAAAUAUCAGUAUUGUUUGAUUGCAUUGGCAUUUAUUUUAGGUCUACUUUUGUUUCCUGUUCCAUGGUUUCCAUCAAAUAAGCAGCACAAAUCUGACUCGUCAUUGAUAAGGAAUAUAGAGUGGAAUGAUAUAAACUUUAUUCACACCACUGAUACACACGGUUGGUAUUCUGGACAUCUUAACCAGAAACAGUACAAUGCUGAUUGGGGAGAUUUCAUAUCUUUUAGUAGUCAUCUAAGGAAUAUAGCUCAUUCAAAAAAGCAAGAUUUUUUGUUAGUAGAUACUGGUGAUAGACAUGACGGGAAUGGACUCUCGGAUGUAACAAUACCAAAUGGUGCUAAAUCUUUGCCAAUAUUUAUGAGGCAGGACUAUGACCUUCUUACUAUUGGAAACCACGAAUUAUAUGUUUGGGAAAACUCACAACAAGAAUAUGACUUGGUACGUGAUCAUUUUAAAUCGAACUAUAUUAGUACUAAUGUAGAAUACAAAUUACAAAAUGGAACAUAUGCUCCUAUAGGUCAAAGAUAUAAGUACUUCACAACACCCAUUCAAAGUAUUAGAAUAUUGUCAUUUGCAUUCUUGUUUGAUUUUACUAGGUAUAAUUCGGGGACAAAAGUCGAACCAAUCAUGAAAGUUCUAGACGAAGAUUGGUUCAAAGAUAUUUUGAUUGAUCAUCCUGCUGAUGAAGUUGAUUUACUUGUAAUAAUUGGCCAUAUUCCAGUAAGUCAUAACGAUAAAGAGUUGUUCCAAUUACAUCUGUUCUUAAGGAAAUAUUACCCUAAGACCAAAAUCCAAUAUUUUGGUGGGCAUUCGCAUAUAAGAGAUUUCAGCAUUUAUGAUGAAUACCUGACUGGUUUGCAAAGUGGAAGAUUCUGUGAAACUGCUGGCUGGGUAAGUAUUAAUUUAAAGUCUCCCAAAAAUGAUUUGAAUGGGGUAGAUAAGGUUAAAAAUACUUUCUCGAGAUCCUACAUUGAUUUCAAUUUAAACUCAUUUAUGUACCAUACGAAUAUAAGUUCAAUUGAAGAGUUUAAUACGGGCCUUGGAUUGAAUGUCUCAAGACAGAUUAGUGAUACCCGAAAGGAAUUGAACUUAGGAGCAAUAAUUGGUUAUGUUAGAAACAGUAAUUAUUUCAUGGAUUAUGUCUCAAUAACGAAUCCUAAAAAUAUUUUUAAGCUCUUGACUGAUAAAGUAUUACCUACAUUAGAAGUUGAAAAUUCAGAUCUAGCAACUUCAGAUCAGAGGUUAAUUAUAAUUAAUACUGGUUCGAUAAGGUAUGAUCUAUACAAAGGUCCAUAUACUUUGGAUUCCCAGUAUAUAAUUUCUCCUUUUGAAAAUGAUUGGGUAAAAUUGACAUUACCUAAAAAUUUUGCUAUAAAGAUAGCUCCCAAGUUGAAUGAGUUGCAGUAUAUUAUUCGUUCUUCAAGCGAUAAUACAUUGGAUAACAGACGGUUGUUACCUGAGCAUCAAUAUUCCAGACUUCUCAGAAACGACUAUGCCAAUUUCAAUAAGCUUACUGAGGAUUCAGGGCAACAUCAUUUCGAGAAUCGUAUGCUCCAAAGGUUUCAAGAAAUAGGUGAAUUGAAGCCUGUAUCUCAAAAAAAUAAGUUGUCUAAAGGUUAUGUCACGUAUGACGAUUUCGGUCAUGACGGUGAUGAUACUUUACAUAGGCCGGUAGUGAACCACCCUAUUCCCAAUGUUGUACAAUCGGAAGAAUUAGUCGAUUCUGAUGGGGACUCCUCCGUCGAUAUUGUUUUCUACAACUUCAUUACUCCAAAUAUUUUAUGGGCGUUAAAGGAGAUCGGUUUCGACGACGAUGUGAGCAAUCAAAUCGAAUUUUAUUCCAAGAACUAUUUGGGUCUAUUAUUAAAUGAAUAUAUUAGAAAUCAUGAUAUAUAG